AUGUUUUUCUUCGGUCUUGGGAAGUUGUUUUAUGUCAUUGUCCUCAUCAUCAAUGCCAUCGCCGUUCUCUCCGAGGACCGCUUCCUAGCGCGCGUCGGAUGGGGUCGCACACAAGCAGAGCCGGGAUUCGGCGCGACAUACGAUAGCACAAGCGUGAAAGCCAAGUCCGUCAACUUAAUCGCCAGUGUGCGGACUGUCAUGCGGAUACCCCUUAUCGUCAUCAACACGGUCAUCAUUGUCUACGAGCUGAUUCUUGGUUAA